ACGCCCAUUUGUCGGCUCCAGUAGUUAUGAUAGAAGCAGCCGGUCUGUCUUCAACACACGCAAGCCUGAGUUUAUGUCAUGUUUCUGUCGUGUACCUUUUAUGUACAUCCAGUGUCCGGGGAUCAGAACUGAAAUAUUCCUUUAACACAACAGGGUAGAGAAAACGAAUGAAAAUCGCCGAGCCGACUGGCCGCCCCGCUUCGCUUUCUAGCUAUAGGUGAACAAUGACCGAGUAUAAGCUUGUGGUGGUGGGGGCUGGAGGCGUGGGGAAGAGUGCCCUGACCAUCCAGCUCAUCCAGAACCAUUUUGUGGACGAGUACGACCCCACCAUUGAGGACUCCUACAGAAAGCAGGUGGUCAUCGAUGGAGAGACGUGUCUGCUGGACAUCCUGGACACGGCCGGUCAGGAGGAGUACAGCGCCAUGCGUGACCAGUACAUGAGGACCGGAGAGGGCUUCCUCUGCGUGUUCGCCAUCAACAACACAAAGUCCUUCGAAGACAUACACCACUACAGAGAACAGAUCAAGCGGGUGAAAGACUCCGAGGACGUUCCCAUGGUGCUCGUGGGGAACAAGUGUGACCUGCCCUCUCGGACGGUGGACACCAAGCAGGCUCAGGACCUGGCUCGGAGCUACGGAAUCCCCUUCAUCGAGACCUCUGCUAAAACCAGACAGAGAGUGGAAGAUGCCUUUUAUACACUGGUACGGGAGAUCAGAGAGCACCGGCUAAAUACGCUAAGCAAGGAAGAAAAGACGCCGCGCUGCGUGAAGCUUAAAAAGUGUGUUUUAAUGUGAUGGGGUGUGGACGACGCCUUCUACACGUUAGUGCGGGAAAUCCGCAAGCACAAGGAGAAGACCAGCAAAGAGGGGCGGAAGAAGAAGAAAAAGAAGUCGAAGGCGAAGUGCGCGAUCAUGUGAAUAAGCCUCUCCUUUCCGACGAGAAACUAAAGAACACGACGAAUAACGACAGCAGAAAAAAAUAAUUCUUAAAAUGUGCCUAACUGAAAGUAUUAUUUUGUACAUUAACACUAAAUUAUUAACUCCUGUUUUGAAAUCAGUGUCACAAAAAAACGGUUGAAGAAACCAAACUUUUUCAGUUGACCAACUGAAACGCAAGCCCAGUUUCCAGUGCGCUGCAGUUGACUAACUGAAAUACAAGCCCAGUCUUUACAUUCUCUUCAGUUGACAAACUGAAAUACACACCCCAGUUUUAUGUUUUCUGCAGUUGACGAACUGAAUUGCAAAUCCCAGUUUUAUAUUUUCUGCAGUUGACCAACUGAAAUACGAGCACAGGUUAGCCAGAGUUCUUCUGAGUGCCAGUGGUGUGUAGCCAUUUGCCAUGGUAGGGUCGGCAGACCAGUGAAAUUUUAUCUGCAAUGAGGCUGUUAAUGGAAUCAGAAAUGAACCUUAGUGAUAGUUUUAAGGGUAUGUGUGUGGCAUUUCAGACUUGGUGUCGGGUAUUUUAUCAUAAUAAAUGUGAAAAGAACCUCUGUCUAAUGGUGGAGACUGCUUCACUCAGAAAGAGUUUGUCAAUGAAAUAUGGCCGAAUAAUAAUCAUAAUCAUAAUAAAGGGGACAGUCACCAUUAGCCGUAAAUGUAGGACUUGUGGUCGUUGUACAUUUGUCAUGAACUAACAGGCUUACCAAAGUCUUAAUAGAGGCCUCAUAAUUGGAACUAUAAUCCUACCCCCCCCCCCCCCCCAUAUUUAUGAAAAUGUUUUGUGUUAUGCCACAGUAAUGGAAAUGCUUGAUUUUAUUUUAUUUUUUCCCCCUCUCUUUUCCCAAACUAUGUUUAUUGAGGUCUAUCAGCCCAUCGCUGUGAGCCUUUCAAACGGCGUGCCAAAGAAAUCUAUCCAGUUACACUUCCUGUUCGAUUCCUGAUUCUACAGGGUCGGGCCAACAGCUAAUCAUCCCAGGUCGUGGUCAAGAAAUCGUAACCGAAUUACUUGUGGGCGGAACCUGAAUUCCAACGGCUUGUAACCAGCUAAUACUCCGUGUAGUCGUAAACCUAUUAAGGCUUUGGCAAUAUGCAAUGGUAUGGCGCUCUCAGAAAAGGCCUGCAUGUCAGUUUUGCUCAUUUUGAGAGAUUUCUCUUCAGAUAGGCCUGUUGAGAGGGGGAGCCAAUGGACUGUUCUAGAAAGCAUUCCACAAAAAGGCUAAUUACUGUGUGCCAUAAAACUAAAGAGAACAAGCGCAUUACAACUCGUGACCCAGCAGUGCAUUUCCCGGUUAGGUAGGAAGUGGAGAAACAUAUUUUGUCCCGAUACUAACUGAAGAGUGACAGUUGAAAAGUGAUGGCAGACAGAACCUUUUGUUCUUCUGUCUUUUCAUCUCUAUAUGCUAACCCCCACCCCCCCACCCCCUCAUGCUUGUGAAAUCUCCAGAUAUGGCAGGGCCAAUUCCGGAAUCUUCCAGAACCUCCUGUCAUCCUGCUUUCUGUUUGUCGCUCCUCGACCUUGAUUUUAUUUUCCAAAAAAACCAUCUGUACUAGAUAGUUCACUUUUCGUUUUGUUUUAUUUUGUUCUUGGUACAGGAAUCAGAUUUUCUGUGUGUAGUACUGAAAUUUUUCGAUGCUUACAGCUUUGGAGUUACUUGAAAUGCAUUUGCGUGCUUUGGACCAUUAACCAUUGUAAAGGUAGCACAUUUCUGAAGCCCCUGUCUGUAUCUAAAAUAUCCUACAUCCCAAUUGAAAACUUGUGCUAAAACUGAACAACAAAAAAAACUGAAAGUGAACAAUGUUUAAACUUUGUAAAGAUGAAAGAGAUCCAACACAUACAUUUGUUAUUAUAUCUGUAGUUAUAAUAAACUAUAUUCAACAUUCAUUUUGCAGGACUGACUCUGAUAGAUGGGUAGCCUAGGUCGUAACAUGACAUUUAAAGUUUUGGGAAUCUAUGCUGUAGAAGCACAUAGACCAGACCUGGGUUCAAGUAGUAUUUGUUUUGGAUUUUAAUACUUCUCUGCAUUUGACUAAACUUGCUUGGUGUAUUGGAACACAAGUGUAAAGCCUGCCCAUUUGCUCUUUGCAGACUCACAUGCACCAGGCAAGACCAAUAGAGCAAAGAAAAGCAUUUGAAUCCAAAACCAAUGGUACUUGACCAGGUCUGGUAUAGGCCAACAUGUAUAGGACCCUAAAUAAUAAUUUUAUAGCAUGAGCAAGCCAACAACAUAUAUGUCUGUCCUUUAAACUGACAGAAAGCAGAUGGACGGAGCUAAUUUGACCAAAACAAUAGAAUAUGCAAAUAACGGCUGGUUUUAAAUAUCGCAGCACUGGUAGCAUAAGCAAUAUCCCGAGCUUCCAAGUGAUCCAGUCAAUAAAAGGACUGUACACAAGUGCUACGUAGUCACAAGUUCACGCCUGGUUCUUGAAGAACGAUGCCCUGCGAUUUCCCGCUGAUACGCGACAGGUUUUCCCCACUCCACAACACAAAGCGCACGAGUCCUCCUUCCCCGGCAGAGUGCCCCUUAAGACGGCCAAGCUUUAGACUUUCCGCUCAGUUUCCUUCAAACGACCCGAUCGAAUCGAAAAUCCGACGACGGUGGGACUGCACGCCAGGUGAUUGGUAAUAUAUCUCACUGUAAAGUUCCCUUACCCUAAAAGUCAAGACACUGGCUGCGUUUGGUUAUUUUUUAAACUCUAUUGUCGGUGGCACGCAUCAACAGAUUCGAACAGGAUCCAGUUUGGUUAAUGUUGCCGUCUUUAAGGCAAAGUGCCAACACAGCCACUCCGAAGUCCUGCGACCUUUUAUACUUUACUGACGCAAUGAUUCAGUACAUUUCGCAGCGUAAGAAUAUGCAUGUACAGGUUACGCGUUAGCCUCUUAAAUACUCUUAUUAAUAUUGACUGUCACUGCAGUGGGGACAAACAUGUAAUAUUCACUGGCAACAGCACCUUCAUACGGAACAGUUCUAGGAGGCAAACAUGAGACCUCUUUCUUGUUGGCAAUUAUUUCAGAGAUUAAGUUUUUAUAUAUAUUUGGGGAUCUCAUCGGCUCUUGUUUCUAAGCUUGCAUUGAAAACUGCAGAUAUAGUGCAACUAUAAGCACCAAUAGACCCAAAGCAAAAAUAAAUAACUCAUGCUAGUGAAGGGACAAUUCUCUGCACAACGAAACUGAAUGGGGUGACCACAUACCGAUUUGAAGCAAUCGUAGCGUGUUCCGAAUUAAAACAUUUCGGCUGGUUUAGCUUUCAGACAAACCAGUGAUUGACAGCUAAUUAUAGCGCCACCCAGUAUGGGUUCCUGAAAGCUUAUUUUCCAUUACUAAAAUUCUGUAUUCAAUGACAGAACAAUGCCUAUUAAUGGAUGACAAGGUUCAAGGAAUCAUACCGGAAACUAAUUUCUAAAAGUCCAGAAGCAUCCUCUGACCUUGACCCAACUGUAUCCUGUAACGUCUUAUUUCCUCCUUUGAAACUUAUAUUGAGUGUAUUAGAUGUAUGUUUUUAAGUAUGGUGAACCUUGGCCUCAUAUCAGAGCCCACCUCACACAGACCACCCUCACAAUGCGACUGGAAUGUGUUGUCGAUAUCAUAACGUAGCCACGACAUUGCAGCAACAUUGUGAGAACGGUUUGUGUUCAGCUGGGACGUAACACUCCACAAGUUGUUUUGAAAUGUUUCCUUCUAUUUUAGUCAAAUUUUAUUUUUGUUCUCGUCUCCAUUGAGUUUGUUUUAAAUGUGUAAUGUUUACCUGGAAUGCAUUUUAACAACCUUUGUAUAGACAAUUCUGAAAGGUGCAGUUUGCUUUGUGUGUGUGUGUGUGUGCGUGCGUGUGCGUGUGUGUGUGUGUGUGUGUGUGUGUGUGUGUGUGUGUGUGUGUAAAAUUGACUUUCUCCAGUGAAACAAACACUGUUUUAGUCUGGUUUGGAGUAGUUUUCUGGGUGUGAAUCUGGAAUGGAGAUGGGUCGUGAUCGAGCAGAAAAAGAUUACCACUGUGUGACAUCACCCUUUAAUGUUUCCUAGGAGUUAUGCGGUAUGUAGUGAGCUCGCUAUAUUUUUGUCAUAAAUUUCACGACUCCUAUUUAAUGUAUAAUAAAGAAAUGAGAGUAAAAUGGCA